AUGAAUGGCAUGAAUGGGUCAUACGAAGUGAAAAAUGGAGAGCAUUUAAGUCACAGAAAACGCAGUCUAGCAGUUACUGAGUUUAUCCAGGGUCUACUCACAAAAAACGAUGACGAAACACACGUUGUUUUCUGUCAGUUAGACACUUUAACGAAAAAAGACGAAGAAGUCAUUUGGCGAGAGUCUGCUAGAUGGGUAAAAUACGAAGAGGAUGUCGAGGAGAAUGGCAAACGUUGGUCGAAACCUCAUGUGGCUUCUGUUACAUUGCAUAAUGUAUUGGAGCUAAGGACACAGAUGUUCGUAGGAGCCUUGCUUAAUAAGCCUUUUAUGAAAAAGAUUCCCGAAGGUGCACAAGUCGCCAAUGUAUGGGUUGGGGAAAUAGAUGAUUUGAAGGAACCAAUCACAGCUUUCAUUCGACUAGAUAAACCCAGAGUUAUUGGUGAUUUGACAGAAGUACCAUUACCAACGCGAUUCAUUUUCCUUCAUCUUAGUCCAGUUGGGGAACCAGGCCACAUUUUUGCAAUUGGAAGAGCAAUGUCCAAUAUGAUGGUUGAUGUGAUUUUCAGUGAGGUUGCAUACAAAGCAAAAUCACGAGAAGAUAUAAUGCAUGGAUUUGACGAAUUUCUUGAUCAAACAACAGUUCUUCCUCCUGGCCAGUGGGAUCCAGAAAUACGUUUAGAACCACCGACUAAAGUACCUUCUCAGGAGGGACGAAGGAGAUUAUUUGGUGGUCUUAUUGAAGACGUAAAGCGAAAGAUUCCAUUCUAUAUCAGUGACUUCAAAGAUGGUUUCCACAUACAGUGUCUCGGUGCUGUUCUCUUUAUGUAUCUAGCUACACUAACACCCAACAUAACAUUCGGAGCUUUACUAGGACAGUCAACACAUCACUACAUGGGAACAAUGGAAUGUAUUGUAGCUGUUGCCUUUGUAAACCUGAUUUUUGCAUUAUUUGGUGGACAGCCAUUGAUUAUAAUGGGUAGUACCGGACCUGUACUUGUGUUGGAAAUUAUAAUCUACACAAUGUGUCGAGACAAUGACUGGGACUUUCUACCAUUUCGAUGCCUGGUAGGUCUGUGGUCAGCUCUGUUUUUACUGAUCAUUGUUGCAUUUGACUUGAGUGCAUUAGUCCGUUAUAUAACAAGAUUUACAGAGGAAAGUUUUGCUUGCUUAAUUGCCAUUAUUUUCAUAGUAGAAGCAUUCAAGAAAAUAUUCUCAAUAGCAGAGACACAUCCGUUUAAUAUCCAUCCAGAAAUUCCAUUGGAUUAUACAUGUUUCUGUGUCACAAAUAAUCAAUCAAGCGUCUAUAAUAUGACAACAAUGCCAUUGACUACUAAUGCUUUCAAUUCAACCACGGAUGCAAUUACAAACUGGACCAGCGUACAAAGAGAAGACUGUGUCAAUCUAGGAGGUGUCCUGGAAGGUUCUGGUUGUGGUACUACAGUCUAUCAUGACAACGUGUUUUUCCUAUCCUUUAUAAUUGGCGUUGGAACAUUCGGCGUUGCAUGGGCAUUAGUGAACAUGAAGAAAAGUACAUUCUUCCCAACAGUAGUACGUCAAACAAUUGGAGAUUUUGCAGUGUUUAUAUCUAUUUGUACAAUGGUUUUACUUGAUGUACUUCUUGGUGUUCCAACUCCAAAGCUAAUGGUACCAAAUACAAUUCAGCCUUCCAGACCAGAUAGGGGGUGGUUCACAAGUCCAUACAGCCCACACAAUCCGUGGUGGGUGUGGAUAGCUACAGCUUUGCCAGCGUUAGUGGCUGUGAUUCUGAUCUUUAUGGACCAACAAAUUACAGCUGUCAUCAUUAACAGAAAAGAAAACAAACUGAAGAAAGGUUGUGGUUACCAUUUAGAUUUGACAGUAACAACGUUCUGUCUUGUGGUGUGUUCGUUUUUCGGUCUUCCUUGGUAUGUUGCUGCUACAGUCCGAUCAAUGGCACAUGUUAACAGUCUUAAAAUGGAAUCUGAAUGUACUGCACCCGGUGAAAAACCAGUCUUUCUUGGUUGUAGAGAACAGCGCCUUACACCUUUAAUAAUUGCAAUACUAAAUGGAUGUUCUGUUUUUAUGACAAGUAUAUUACAACUUGUACCAAUGCCUGUUUUAUAUGGUGUAUUUUUGUAUAUGGGAGUAUCAGCACUCAGGGGAAUGCAGUUCAUGGACCGUAUGAUGAUAAUGCUCAUGCCUGCUAAGUAUCAACCAGAUCACAUGUACCUUCGCCACGUCAGGAUAAAACGCGUUCACCUGUUUACUUUUUUCCAAAUUUUAUGUUUGGGAAUACUAUGGGCUAUUAAAGCUAUAAAAACAAUAUCUAUUGUUUUUCCUGUUAUGGUUCUCGGUACAUGUUUUGUAAGAAAGGGAAUGGAACGAAUUUUUUCAAAGAAUGAAUUAAAAUGGCUUGACGAACUCAUGCCGGAAGACAAAAUGAUGAAACAGGAAGAUGAAGGGGAAUUGAUCGUUGACGACGAUGAUAUGGACGAUGAUGAAGAUGAUGGUGGUCCAAUAGAAUUCUUACAGCUAAAGAAAUACCGGAAAAUUGGUUCAGUGGAUAAUAUGCCUUGGAAUCUCAAACAGGACAGUAAAACAAAAUACCGAAAAGGUCCAGAUGACGAAAGCAUUGUAUGAAAUUACGGAAAUUUUGUUUUUCUCUCAUAAAUGUUGAACAUUUACAAAAGUGCUAAUUUCCAUGAUAGUGCUAUUACUGACUUGUUUUUGGUUGAUGUGUUUCUGACAGAGAUGUUGUCAUGAUUGACCAGAGUUAUUUGUUGGUUAAUUGUGAGGUUUUUUUUCUUUUCUUAUCUUUAUUCAAUAAGAAUUUACUUUUGACUGUUUUGUUUGAGAAUAUUCUGUGUUGAUUAUCGAUAGAAGACUUGUUAUUAUAAAACGUUUUAUUACUUAUGUAUAA